CCCUGCAGGUACAGCUCGUGAUCCGUCUCGGAUUUAGGAUUAACUCGCCUUUUGAGAGAUGAUCUUGGCUGGAUUAUUUAAAGACACUUAAAAGCAGGGUUCCCCAGUGCUGAAGAACAGCCUGAGCAAUGGAGCCUCGAAUGCCUCCCAACAUUACUGUGGUCCCCAAUUCCACCGUGGUACAGCCGCUCCUGGACAGCCGUAUCCCCUACGGCAGACUGCAGCAUCCUCUGACCAUCCUCCCUAUUGACCAAAUGAAGACCACGCACGUGGAGAAUGACUACAUCGACAACCCCACCCUGGUCCAGCUGGCCACUCAGAAGUAUCCCCGGGGCCCCCACGAACCCACUCACCCACCCAGGUGCGAGCAAGACGUCACCCACCCCUGGAUUUCCUUCAGCGGGCGUCCCAGUUCCAUCAGCAGCAGCAGCAGCACCUCUUCGGAUCAGAGGCUUUUGGAUCACAUGGCGCCGGCGCCAGUGGCCGACCAGUCCUCCCCUAGAGCUGUCCGGAUACAGCCCAAAGUGAUUAACUGCAAGCCCCUGGACCUCAAGGGUCCCACAUCUCUGGAGUUGGACAAGCACUUUUUGCUGUGCGAAGCCUGUGGGAAAUGCAAGUGCAAGGAAUGCGCCCUGCCGAGGACUUUGCCCUCCUGCUGGGUCUGCAACCAAGAGUGCCUCUGCUCCGCACAGAACCUGGUCAACUACUCGACCUGCAUGUGUCUGGUGAAGGGCGUCUUCUACCACUGCACCAAUGAGGACGACGAAGGCUCCUGCGCGGACCACCCCUGCUCCUGCUCGCAUUCGAACUGCUGCGCCCGCUGGUCUUUUAUGAGCGCCCUCUCGCUGUUUCUGCCAUGCUUGCUGUGCUAUCUGCCCGCUACGGGCUGCGUGAAACUGUCCCAGCGAUGCUAUGACCGAGUGAGUCGGCCGGGAUGCCGGUGUAAGAAUACGAACAGCGUGAUCUGUAAAACAUCACCUGAAGGGAAAGUUGGCAGCAGACCAGAGAAGCCGUUUUGAUUGCUGGGGAGAGGGGUGGGGGUGGGAAGUGUAGAAAAACUACAGGAAGGAGUUUCAAAACC